AGUCAUGCAUUUUAAACAAUAGAUCAUGUUUAAUCAAGCGGAAAACCGGUUUUAGGAGAACAAUAGAGCGUUCGGUAAUGUUCGGAAGGGAUCGGAUUCUAUUUUACCUGCUCUGAUAUAAAAAUCUUAUUUUCGGGGACUCGGAAUUACUCGCGUUCUUACAUUUGUACGUGCGUAUUUUUCGAGUUUUUACGUGAUCUUUGUGUUUGUGCUUUGUGUGUAUUUUAACUUGUGCAAUGGCUGCCCAUUUUAAAUCCAUGUGUGCUGCGUUCGAUGCUGACUUCCUUUCCGAGGAUGCCAUGGUUAAGGUUUGUGAGCAGUUGCACAAUAUGAUAACUUCCGGUGAAGUGAUUCCUGAAGAAGAAGACAUUGUGCACUUCCGGCGUCUUCGUGAUGUGGUGGGUACCAUUCAAACGCGCCUGCUUCAACAAAAUGUGAAUGCGCAGCAAGUUAAUACGGGCGUCGUCCCACAGUCCCAACCCGUCGAUCUUACUGUCACUAAUACUUUACAACAUCCGACUAUGACUGCUAAAACACAGUCGCAACCACUGGACCUUACUGUAAAUCCCCAUGUAUCCAAAACGGCUUCGGAAAACGUCCUGACCCAAUCGCAGCCAAUGGACCUCACUGUGAAAAAUGCACCACGACCUGCAACUUCAGGCGUAAAGCCUAAUCGAAAGCGUGCUGCUCCGUGUGUAAAUAAUUUUCUUAAUCCACAACAUUCCACGUCCGGUCUACAACAAGCUACACCUACGGGAUCUAAUAAUAUUAACUCCGAACCCUCUACUUCGGGUCUACACCAAUUAUCACCCCAAGUUGGCCGUGGAGUACCUCGACGUUUCUUAGUGUUGUCAGAGGGAGAGCGGGUAAUAAAGAAAUUCAACUUGACAGCCCAACAGUUAACUAUCAAGUUUGAUGAUGCGGAGCCCAAUGAAGCACCUCUAGAAUGGCUUAAGAAAUCACUGACUGCGCUUAUUAAUUAUAUAACUAAGAGGCGUAGUGUGAGUGAUCGCAUUGGAUUAAUGCUGACAAAUAGCGAGUUUCCUGACAACCCUCUUGGAUUUUCAUUCCGCCGUAUCGACCAACUGAAUGCUAACGUCAUGCUGAAGACCAUGGACAAGGUUAUGCAAAGUAAUAAGGCGUUCUUCUCCAGCGAUGCACUACGGGUUGACGUGAGUCUAAUUACCCUCCCUAAUGGCAAGGGGCGGCAACGCAUGACGGGUGUUACUUUUGAGGAGUUCUCGCAGCGAAAACACGGUAUCAUUAUCAUUAACAACAAUGAUACUCUGUGCCUCGCUCGUGCGCUGGUCACCGCCAUAGCUUUCCGUAACAAUAGCCCAGAUUUACCAUACCUGAAAGUUGGACAUGCUCUCCAGACAGAAAAAGCCCGAGAAUUGUAUGCUGCGGCAGGCGUAGAUUUGAGUAACGGAGGGACCAUUGAACACAUACGCCAGUUUCAAGACCACCUCACGGACUAUACGAUCGUUGUCUACAAUCAUCGGAUGGGCAAAACGGUGUAUUUUGAAGGUCUACGAUCCCCUCAGCGUCAAGUGCUAAACCUCCUCAUGGAGAAUGAACAUUACAAUGUGAUUACAAGCCUAACGUCCGCGUUUAGUUGUAGCUACUUUUGUGAGUCGUGUCGUGUACGCAUGAGUGAACGUAAGGCUCACAAAAACUGUAAGUACAUUUGUCCCUGUUGUCACAACAAUCCCCCGUGCAACAAGGAUGUUGUGAACAUUAAGUGCGCGGAGUGUAAUCGCGAUUUCCGUGGACAGGACUGCUAUCGCUAUCAUAAAGACCAGAAUUUAUGCUCGCAAGUACGUCGAUGUCGGACGUGUUUAGCGACCGUGUGGAAAAAUAAGAAGCCCCACAAGUGCGGGUUCAAACUAUGUGUUACUUGCAACGCAGAACGUCCCAUACGUCACCUCUGUUAUAUGGCUAAGAAUUCCCCAAACAAGAAAAAGUUAGACAAAGACUUUGUGUUUGUUUUCUACGACUUUGAGUGCCGCCAGGACGAACAGUUUGAAAACCGACCUAACACUUACGUGCAUAUCCCCAAUCUUUGUGUCGCGCAACACGUGUGCAAGACGUGCAUCGUAAACAAUAAGGACAUUAAUAUGCCUUGUGACAAUUGUGGUAACCGUCAACAUAUAUUUAAAACAGCCCCUGUCGAUGAACUUUUAAGUCUGGUGUCAUCAUUGGCCAAGAAAAAUCGUGAUGUCGUGGCUAUCGCGCACAACAGCAAAGGCUACGACAGUAUUUUCAUUUUGAAGGAGAUGAUGAAGACUCCCUCUGCCUGGAACCCAGAGAUAAUUGCGACAGGCACAAAAAUUACUUCGCUCGCGUGCAAUAACAACAUCAGAUUCAUCGACAGUCUCAAUUUUAUACCGAUUCCAUUAAGUGCUUUCCCAAAAACUUUCAAUUUUGAGGGGUCAAAGGGUCACUUUCCGCACUUCUUCAACACCGUUGCUAAUCAAGAUUAUGUCGGCCCGAUGCCCGCACCCCAUUUCUAUGGCUGUGACGAGAUGUCUGCGAAGAAUCGUGAAGAUUUUCUUGAGUGGUACAAUGGAGAGGAAAUCCGCAACGCUGUAUUCGAUUUCCAAGCGGAAAUUGUACAAUACUGCAUUCAGGACGUCAACAUCCUACGGCGUGCAUGCGUUGAAUUUUGGCACAAGUUCGUCACCGAAAACAAAGUCGACCCAUUCAGAGAGUGUUGCACAAUUGCCUCCGCCUGCAGUCUCGUGUUCCGAAGAAACUUUCUCCAGGAAGAGACCAUAGGGCUCAUCCCUCACGGCGGUUACAGAGCAAGCGAUAACCAGAGUAAAGUAGCCAUUAAAUGGUUACUGCUAUUGCAAAACCGUGAAAUCCCCGAUCUUCAACAUGCCGGCAACACCCGAGAAGUGCGCCUAAAGGAAGGGAUCAUUGUGGACGGGUACUCCCAAGCAACGAACACCGUCUACCAGUUCCAUGGCUGCUACUUCCACGGGUGCGAGAGAUGUCACUCCGAUCAGACGGCUGCGCUGAAGGGCGAUAAAACGGACACGAUGGGAGUGCGUCGCGAGAAGACUGAGGCGACGUCAGUACGUAUUAGGGCCGCAGGUUACAAUCUCGUGGAAAUGUGGGAGUGCGACUUCAAGACGUACCUCAUUAAUAAUCCGGAUAUAGCCGAAUUUUUGGAAAACCACAACGUGGUAAAAAAUGAGCCCCUAAACCCCCGAGACGGUUUCUUUGGCGGACGUACGAAUGCCGUCAAGUUGUAUCACAAGACCGAAGGCGAUGAAGUGAUAAGGUACUUGGACGUCUGCUCCCUGUACCCCUACGUCAACAAGUACGCAAAAUACCCUGUAGGCCACCCGCGCGUACUUGUAACCCCCGAAGAACUUCGCACCGUCAAUCUUAAUUCCGUGGAAGGCAUAAUGAAGUGCACGGUUCUGCCGCCCCAACACCUCUACCACCCCGUGCUUCCAUACCGUUGCCACGGCAAGCUCAUGUUUCCGCUAUGCCGCACAUGUUGCGAAACGAUGGAGCAGGAUGAGUGUGAGCACUCUGAAGAAGAACGGAGGUUCAGUGGCACAUACGUAGCCGAUGAACUCCGUAAAGCCAUUUCCUUGGGGUACGUAGUGGAGGACAUACAAGAAGUAUGGGAGUACCGUACCACCAAGUACGAUAAGGCUACAAAGAGCGGGGGAUUAUUCACCGGCUACGUCGACAACUUUUUGAAGACGAAGCAAGAAUGCAGUGGGUGGCCAUCCUGGUGUGUUGACGAGGAGGCCUGUAUGCAGUACCUAGCCGACUACAUGGAGCACGAGGGGAUCCAACUCGACCGGUCCAAGAUUGCGGUGAACGCAGGGCUUCGCUACAUUGCCAAACUUUUCCUCAAUUCGUUUUGGGGAAAGUUUGGACAGCGCGACAAUCUGACGAAAACCGCAAUUGUCUCAGAGCCUGAGCAGUUUUUCCAAAUGCUCACUGACCCGGCCGUGGAACUCAACUCGAUCAUUCCCGUGAACGACGAGACCCUCAUCGUCAACUGGACACUCCCCGAAGAAGCCGUCGAACCCCUGAGGACCACCAAUGUGGUGUUGGCAGCUUAUACAACCGCCCAUGCCCGCCUAAAACUCUACAGCUAUCUCGAGCAGCUGGGUGAACGAGUCUUGUACUUUGACACCGAUUCAGUCAUCUUCACGGAGAACCCCGGAGAGUGGUCACCAGCUUGCGGCAACUUCUUGGGAGAUAUGACUGACGAGGUGGAAUGCUAUGGCCCCGGCAGCAGAAUAGUUGAGUUUGUGAGUGGUGGACCGAAAAACUAUGCGUUCAAGGUGUUUUCCCCAAGUACUAACAAUUAUAGUGUAGUGUGUAAGGUUAAGGGCAUCUCCCUAAAUUACAAAAAUAGUGCUGUGGUGAAUUUCGAAACAAUCAAGGACGCCGUGUUGAACAAUGCCCCAGAGACUUUUGUGGAGACUGAUCGUCGUAUAGCCAGGACUUGUACAUACGACGUCAUCUCCAAGCCUGAGAGGAAGCGCUAUCGUGUCGCGUACACAAAGCGUCGCCGCAUAGCUGUAGGCUGCGACACACUACCGUAUGGUUAUAAGAAGUAA